AUGAAAACCGUUUCUACUCUAUGUGCGACUUCCACGGUCGGAAUAGCAGCCUGCGGGUUUGCUCUGGCACGCCCGUGCAAGCCGAACGACGCCCACGACCAGCUUACGAACCCUAAUACUAUCACCACCACCACCAACACGAAUACAAACAACACCACACCUAUAAUCCGAGAACCAGAGACUGUCACACCAAGGAGCGAGAAGCGGAAGAGUGCAAGGAAGAGCUGGGGCGGAUAUUAUGGCAGUGGAAGUAGCAGUGGGAGUGGUAAUCAUAAUACCAACAACAAUACCAACAACAAUAACGGGCAAACACUGUUCCCAGAAGAGCCCUCGCCCAGAACAUCCACCUCGCGCCGGUGGCUACACCGGCUCUCAGAGUCGUUUUCGUCGUCCUCGUCCUCAUCGUCAACACCGUCUUCGCCUACUUCAUCAACGUCGCAGUCGCGGAGUACGAGCUCGUUCUCGUCGCGGUCGAGGCCGUACACGUCGAGUUCGCUAGUGCCGUUUGGGGCCCGGCGGUCCAGCUCGAGACCGCGCACGGGGAAUAAGCUGGUGAAGCGCAACCCGUCGUCGCGAAAUGCUGUCAGGCCAGCUGAGGACGGGGGGGAGCAUGACAGCCCCACCAGCAGCACCACAGGCAGCCCAACCAGACCCGCAGCAGUACCAGCAGCAACCACACCACCACAACCAACAACCCCGGCAGCAGCGAACCACCACCACUCGCCAAGCCACAGACAACGACCUUCCACUGCGGGCGUUCACCAAUCAUUUGCCCAGAGCCAGUCUUCCCCCAUCUCGCCGAUCCAUGCGUCACGGCCAUCCACCUCCGCCCUCUUCUCGCACUCCGCUGCUUCUCACAGACAUCAGGAGCAAGCACUUGCACAACCUCCUCCGCCGACGACUUCAUGGCGAGGCUUCUUCACCCCGAAACGUCACAAGCCUUCAUCAUCAAAAUACACAUCCACCACCUCCCCCUCCACGCCGUCCUCGCCAGGGGGUUUGAAGCUCCCUAGAAAGCCCUUCAGCGGGGUACGACGGAUUUACCCGAAGCAGCUGCAGAAGAACGGUGGCAGUGGCCGCGGGGAACUCAUCGGGCCGACACUGAUGCUCGCACCAACACCGGCAACCACUCAGCAGCAGCACCAGCAGCAUCUUCUGCUCAACAUCGACAUUGACAGCGAGUCGGUCUUCUCGGGGGCCGAGUCGUCGCUGUUUUUCGAUUCGCGGCCGGCGUCGCGGAUGGACGAUCUUGUGGAGUUGGCGGCGGUUAGGCGCUCGUCGACCGGGAUGGCGCUGGGAAUGGGCAUGGGCAUGGGGAUGGGUGCGACCUCGCCUAGAAAUAGUGCGCGCCGAAGGUCGCUGUCGGGCCGCGCUGGAUUUCGGGUUUGGGAGGAUGGAAGAUCAGUCGUCCCCGCCGGCACCGAUGCAGCUGCAAGUUGUGCUACCGGCACCCAUGCGACCUCCACCACCACCCACACCACCCAUCAUAAUACCUUCCACACACACUCUCACACCACAACCUCCACUUCCCCUUCUUCUUCAAACACACACUCCCCCUCCUCUCAUCAUCAUUAUCACUAUUACCACACACGCUCUGCAUCGCACGAGGAGGACAUCCCACCGGUCCCGUCGCUGCCCCAACUAGACGGGAACAUGGACUUUGUGUCGCGCGCCUACUCGCCCGACCCUGACCAGCAGCAGCAAGAGGGGGAGGACGAGGAGGAGAACGGCGACCGUCACGAAUCAUCGCUCUCCCCCGAGGAUUCCGAUAACGGCGAUGACGAUGAUGCCGAUGUAGACGAUGACAUGCAUCAUCAUCAUCACGACUUUGACCUCGAUCUGGACGACGGGGAGAACAUCGUGCCACUCUCAAUCAGUGACCGCCAGCACCGUUUGUCGCUUAUCAGCGCUUCGGAGCGGGCGUCCACGCUGGUGGGCAGCGAGGAUAAUAUGGAGGAUUUCCAGAGCGAUACGGUGUUUGACUCGCUGCGCACGCGGGCAUCUGAACUGACGCCAAGGGCGGAUCAGCUCUUUGACCAGCAACAGGACGAGCCAUUUGGCAGCGGGCUGGAGCACCAUCAUCACCACCACGCACCCCACCCGCUGCGGUACAAGCACUAUGUGAGCGGGGAGUUUGGCAGUCUCAAGAAUAGGGAUAAUAGUAGUAGUAAUAUGCAUGCGACAACAACAACAUCGAACGCCCACAAGGCAUUCGACGACGACGAGGACGGCUCAAGCAGCGAUUGGGAUGCGCCGUCGCGCAAUGGUGAUGACGAUGGGAUGCGGAUUGUCUCGGGGGGGCUGCGCCCGUACAGCGGGCUCCUGUCAGCCGCUUCGCUAGGCCUGCACAGCAACAAUGCCAGCAGCACGUCGUUUGGCACCGCGCCUGAGGGCUUCUCAAUUAAUGACGGUUCGAGUAUCCGCGAGACAAAUAGCAGCAUAUUGGACUGGAGCGAGAGCGUCAGCCCGACACCGCAGCCACAGCCUUCAUAUGCAAAGAGAUCAAAGACAAUCCAUGCUAAGGAGAGCAUCAUGCUCACCUCCUCAAGGUCCGGGCGCCGUGCUCCAAGCUAUCAUGUCCGCUCGCAGAGCAUGCCGCUGGUAAACUCUCAUGGGAGGGUGCCACUGCCGAGCGAGAACUGGGAUGAGGACUUCCUGGAUGACGAUGACGAGGGCGGAUGCUUGAAUAUGGUUAUCCCGCGCGCGAUCGAGGAGCAGCAAGCAAGCGUGAUCGGGCAUCUUGGCUGCGUGCGAGAGUUUGCCCUGCUGGUUGAAGAUCUGAAACAUCUUCGCUCGCUCGCAAUCUCUUCCGGCGUGCGCAAUGGCGUCCACCAAGCCAUCUUCGACGAGGCCGAAGGCAUCAUUGCGCUCGCAACACUCGACGACGACCAGCCAAUCCCCGCCGUUCCCGAAGCACCUUCACGGACGCCGCCCUCCAAGGGCUCUCACCGCCGCUCUUCAAUUCUGCUACCUGACGACGACGUCUUUGGCGGCGGCGGCAUUGGCGCACCCAGCACGCCGCUCCUCCGGCGCUCGUUCGGCCACACGCCACCCAACAUCUCACCGCAGAGCAGGAAAACAAUCGACAGGAAUGACCCAGUCGAGGUUGCAAAGGGGAUCAUGGAGCGGAUGCAGCAGAGCGGGGGCCACCAUGUGCGCGGGCAGAGCGACGAUGCCAUCGUCACGGGGAAGCCAAAGAAGGUGCAAUUCGACACGGAUAUGCUGCGGGAGUUGGUCAAGCACGUGGGGAAGCUCAAGAGGACGAUGCAGAGUAUCGUGGACGACGCGCGAGAUUUGGUGGAGAGCCCGCUGGAUAUGGAAGAUGGGUUUGAGUGCAGAGGCAGCUUUGAGGGCUUCGAGGAGGGGUGGGAGUUUUCGAGGGGCGCGGCCGCGGCGGGGCAUCUGGUGGGCGUCGUGUAG